AUGGCAGCUCCUUCAGCACCUCCAUGCCGACACCGACACCAGCUCGGCGCGCUGCCAAUGCAGGACCAGCGACCCGGCGCGCUUCUCCACGCGGAAGCCCCUCACCGGCACCUUCUUCAGGAGCGAGUCGGCCUGCGCCUCGGCGAAGUUGCUUAUGUGCACCGGCACGAACCCGGCCGAGGUGAACAUUGUCCGCCAUGGCAGCAGCUUGUCGCCGGCGGCCGCGGCCUGGUGCCUCCUGAUCACGCAGCUCUCGAUCUUUGGCUGGAUCAGGAAGCGCUCGAUCUUGCUCGCGACGUCGGGCUCGGUGCCCACGGCGUCCAGGGACUCGAGCAGGAACGCGCAGGACUGGAAUGCCUGGAGCAGGUGCGCCGCGAACGGCAGCUCGCCGCGGUCACCACUGCGGUCCACCGAGAUGACAAGCUUGGCGCCGAGCCGCCUGACCAGGUGAAGGACCGAUGGCACCGCGGCGGCGUGAACCGAGCCGACGGGAAGGUGCACGGCGAUGGCGUCGCCGCCGGCAAUUGCGAGGAGCUCCGUGGGGUCGACGGAGUCGAGGUUGAACACGACGAACUGGAAGGGCACCCCGAGCUCGGCGGCGAAGUUGGCGAGGUUCUCGUGGAUGAGCUGCAGCUCCAGCGGGUGGUGCGUCGACGGCAGCACCAAUGCGGUCACCUUGAGCGCGGCGCCGGGGCGGCGCUGCGCCAGCUCCUGCAUCAGCGACGCCCACUGCUCGCCGACGCCGAUGUCGAAGUCGAGCACGUGGAUGCAGCCGGCGCCGCCGAGCUCGUCGAGCACGGCCUGCACGCAGGUGAAGUGCGCGAACUGGAGCACCGGGGAGAGCUCGGAGAAGGCCUUGUAGGCGCCGAGCUUUAG